GCAGAGCUGGCUAUUCGGCGUGUGAGCGCGUAGCUGAGGGAGACUGUGUAGCACUGAAGGCCAUGCAGCAGUUUCCUGGCUGAUUUCACCUUAGUCCAGUUGUGUUCUUGUAGGAAAUGAUGGCGCUUGGAGUUAAUUUAAUGGUGAUUUGCUUGGUGGUUGUCCACUACACUGAUGUGGGACGGAGCGCUGGCAUUGGAUUUCCUGUGAAAUGCGACUUGGGUGCUGGGUCUUCUGGCACCAGCUCUGGUCCCAGUGAGGUGCAAGUGGCAAAAAGCACCUCUGGUUCUAAGGAAGGCACUGCAUCAUACUUAACUGGCACUGUAGGUUCCCAGAGUGGCCAAGGAUCUUUCCAAUAUGUGGCAGUCCAGCCUGACUCUGGCCCUAUUGGUAGAUAUGCUUCUACAGUAUUUGUUGACUUCGGUAGGGUACAGGGGCAAGUAGUGUCCCAGCAAGGCCUAACUGGUUCCCAGCAGCUAGGAUCAGGACAGGGUUAUGCUGGUGCCCAGCAGCAAUUAUACCAAGGCCAAACCAGUGCCCAGCAACCUGGUUCUAAGCAGAGCUACACCACUGCCCAGCAGCUGGCCUCUCAGCAAGGCCUAACUGGUUCCCAGCAGCUAGGCUCAGGACAGGGUUAUGCUGGUGCCCAACAGCAAUGGUCCCAGGCCUUAACCAGUGCCCAGCAACCUGGUUCUAAGCAGAGCUACACCACUGCCCAACAGCUGGCAUCUCAGCAAGGCCCAACUGGUUCCCAGCAACUAGGUUCAGGACAGGGUUAUGCUGGUGCCCAGCAGCAAUGGUCCCAAGCCUUAACCACUGCCCAGCAGCUGGCCUCUCAGCAAGGCCUAACCAGUGCCCAGCAACCUGGUUCUAAGCAGAGCUACACCACUGCCCAACAGCUGGCAUCUCAGCAAGGCCCAACUGGUUCCCAGCAACUAGGAUCAGGACAGGGUUGUGCUGGUGCCCAGCAGCAAUGGUCCCAGGCCUUAACCAGUGCCCAGCAGCUGGCCUCUCAGCAAGGCCUAACAGGUUCCCAGCAGCUAGGAUCAGGACAGGGUUAUGCUGGUGCCCAGCAGCAAUGGUCCCAAGCCUUAACCACUGCCCAGCAGCUGGCCUCUCAGCAAGGCCUAACCAGUGCCCAGCAACCAGGUUCUAAGCAGAGCUACACCACUGCCCAGCAGCUGGCAUCUCAGCAAGGCUUAACUGGUUCCCAGCAGCUAGGAUCAGGACAGGGUUAUGUUGGUGCCCAGCAGCAAUGGUCCCAAGGCUUAACCAGUGCCCAGCAACCUGGUUCUAAGCAGAGCUACACCACUGCCCAGCAGCUGACCUCUCAGCAAGGCCUAACUGGUUCCCAGCAGCUAGGAUCAGGACAGGGUUAUGCUGGUGCCCAGCAGCAAUGGUCCCAAGGCCAAACCAGUGCCCAGCAACCUGGUUCUAAGCAGAGCUACACCACUGCCCAGCAGCUGGCCUCUCAGCAAGGCCUAACUGGUUCCCAGCAGCUAGGAUCAGGACAGGGUGCUGUUGGUGCCCAGCAGCAAUGGUCCCAGGCCUUAACCAGUGCCCAGCAGCUGGCAUCUCAGCAAGGCCCAACUGGUUCCCAGCAACUAGGUUCAGGACAGGGUUAUGCUGGUGCCCAGCAGCAAUGGUCCCAAGCCUUAACCACUGCCCAGCAGCUGGCCUCUCAGCAAGGCCUAACUGGUUCCCAGCAGCUAGGAUCAGGACAGGGUUAUGCUGGUGCCCAGCAGCAAUGGUCCCAAGGCCAAACCAGUGCCCAGCAACCUGGUUCUAAGCAGAGCUACACCACUGCCCAGCAGCUGGCCUCUCAGCAAGGCCUAACUGGUUCCCAGCAGCUAGGAUCAGGACAGGGUGCUGUUGGUGCCCAGCAGCAAUGGUCCCAAGGCUUAACCACUGCCCAGCAGCAAUGGUCCCAAGGCCUAACCAGUGCCCAGCAACCUGGUUCUAAGCAGAGCUACACCACUGCCCAACAGCUGGCAUCUCAGCAAGGCCCAACUGGUUCCCAGCAACUAGGUUCAGGACAGGGUUAUGCUGGUGCCCAGCAGCAAUGGUCCCAAGCCUUAACCACUGCCCAGCAGCUGGCCUCUCAGCAAGGCCUAACCAGUGCCCAGCAACCUGGUUUUAAGCAGAGCUACUCCACUGCCCAGCAGCUGGCCUCUCAGCAAGGCCUAACUGGUUCCCAGCAGCUAGGAUCAGGACAGGGUUGUGCUGGUGCCCAGCAGCAAUGGUCCCAGGCCUUAACCAGUGCCCAGCAGCUGGCCUCUCAGCAAGGCCUAACAGGUUCCCAGCAGCUAGGAUCAGGACAGGGUUAUGCUGGUGCCCAGCAGCAAUGGUCCCAAGCCUUAACCACUGCCCAGCAGCUCGCCUCUCAGCAAGGCCUAACCAGUGCCCAGCAACCUGGUUCUAAGCAGAGCUACACCACUGCCCAGCAGCUGGCAUCUCAGCAAGGCCUAACUGGUUCCCAGCAGCUAGGAUCAGGACAGGGUUAUGUUGGUGCCCAGCAGCAAUGGUCCCAAGGCCAAACCAGUGCCCAGCAACCUGGUUCUAAGCAGAGCUACACCACUGCCCAGCAGCUGGCAUCUCAGCAAGGCCUAACUGGUUCCCAGCAGCUAGGAUCAGGACAGGGUUAUGUUGGUGCCCAGCAGCAAUGGUCCCAAGGCUUAACCAGUGCCCAGCAACCUGGUUCUAAGCAGAGCUACACCACUGCCCAGCAGCUGGCAUCUCAGCAAGGCCUAACUGGUUCCCAGCAGCUAGGAUCAGGACAGGGUUAUGUUGGUGCCCAGCAGCAAUGGUCCCAAGGCCAAACCAGUGCCCAGCAACCUGGUUCUAAGCAGAGCUACACCACUGCCCAGCAGCUGGCCUCUCAGCAAGGCCUAACUGGUUCCCAGCAGCUAGGAUCAGGACAGGGUUAUGUUGGUGCCCAGCAGCAAUGGUCCCAAGGCUUAACCACUGCCCAGCAGCUGGCAUCUCAGCAAGGCCUAACUGGUUCCCAGCAGCUAGGAUCAGGACAGGGUUAUGCUGGUGCCCAGCAGCAAUGGUCCCAAGGCUUAACCAGUGCCCAGCAACCUGGUUCUAAGCAGAGCUACACCACUGCCCAGCAGCUGGCAUCUCAGCAAGGCCUAACUGGUUCCCAGCAGCUAGGAUCAGGACAGGGUUAUGCUGGUGCCCAGCAGCAAUGGUCCCAAGGCUUAACCAGUGCCCAGCAACCUGGUUCUAAGCAGAGCUAUACCACUGCCCAGCAGCUGGCAUCUCAGCAAGGCCUAACUGGUUCCCAGCAGCUAGGAUCAGGACAGGGUUUUGCUGGUGCCCAGCAGCUGGCCUCUCGGCAAGGCAACUGCAGUAGCUGGACCCUCUACCAGAAGGGUGUAGGGUCUCAGCAGGACUACCCCACUGACCAAGGCCUAGUAUCCCAGCAGGGCUCUGGAACCGCAGUCAGUUUGGUUUCUGGCCAGACCUUUGGGUCUAUUCAAGGCUUUGGUUCCCAGGCUGCCUGGAGUAGUGGGUCUGCAAAGGGAGAGUACCAGCUUGGCUCAGCCUUGGCUCCAAGUGCACUCAACCCUGGAAGAGGUUGACUUGGAGAUCUUUGCAGCCUUUCAUUCCAGGGAACUAAUUGUCUGGCUGCCCACUGAUGGAACACGAACUUGACCAAUUUCUUCUCAGUGUAGCUUGCUUUUGUAGGUUCUGCUAUACUUUGUAAGAAGCUUUGACGCCCAACUUGUGCCUGUUGGCUUCAAAUAAAUGGCUUGAUGUGAA